AUGGACUCCAUAGACAAGAAAGUUCAUGAGAAAUUAGAUGAAGAAGAACUCGAAGAUACAGUAGAGAAUGCUAAACCUUUGUUCGAACAAGAAGUUAGAAAAAUGCGCGAAAAACAAUUAGAACAUGAACGUGAGAUAUAUUAUGGUUAUAGAGAUUCUCCAUUCGAACUAGACCAAUGGGAACAAGAAAAUUUAAAGAGAGAAUUUAGAGAAUAUGAACUCGCUAAGAUAGCAUUAGAAGCUGCAGAAAAGAAGUUAAAAGCUUGGGGUCGUUUUGUACAAAAAUAUUGUGAGUAA